AUGAAUGGUGAAAAUAAUGGAGGAGGGGAAGGAAUGGAUGAAGAAGAUGAACAACAGCACGAACAACCCGAAGUUUUAUUUUUAGAAGAUGAAUAUGAACAAAAAUGUGAAUCUGAAGGUUUGUUUUUGGAGGAAGACGGAGAAAAUUUGACGUCCUCAUUAAAUGAUGAAGUAUUGGAGGAAGAAAAUAAUGAGGGAGAAGACGAACAAUCUUUAAUUGUUGACAAUUCAAUAGAGAGGAUAGAAGCGCAUAAAAAAGAUGUUUUUUGUUUGUCUUUGUCAAAAAAUGAAAGAUGGGUAGCUACUGGUUCUGAGGAUGAUACAGCUGCAGUUUGGGAUACAAGUCAAAAACCUCUACGUCAACAUUUACAUAUUGUUGGAAAACAUGUCGAUUCUGUUCAUUGCCUAGCGUGGAAUUGCAGCAGUGAUUUACUUGCAAGUGGAGAUAUGUCAGGGAGAAUUGUCUGCACUCUUGUGAAGGAUUCUAAUGAGACUGAACCAUCUACUUUAAUAAUUGAAGAUUGUCAAUCAACAUCUGAACAACAACAACAACAAAUGUCUGACAAUCAAGAAGAGGAAGAACAUGAAAAUAGUUUUGAACAUAUUAGAUGGCUUUUAUGGCAUCCUUCAGCUAAUGGAAUUCUUUUUGCUGGUUCGGGUGAUGGUUCUAUUUGGAUGUGGCUUGUAAUUUUGAAUGAGGCUAAUUGUUUAAAUGUUCAACAAUUUAAGUUUAUGAAGAAGGUGUAGCAAAAAUUUGGGAUUUAAAAA